AUGAAUAGUUCAUCUUUUGUAUGUUAUCAUUCACAUGAACAAGUACCUCAACAUAAUUACAUAAUUGGUUUUCCACGUACUUAUCACUAUCAACAACAAUAUCGUUUACAUGAAUCUUCACCUGUAUUUGAAGAAUCAUCACCAUCAUAUAACAUUUCUGUUAAUCAAAUAGGAAGACAACAAUUACCAAUAUUUUCAUCUAUUCGUACAACACCAUUAACAACAAAUAUUCGACAAUCGUCACCUACUAUAACAUCGCCUAAACAUUCAACAAUGCCACCUUCUUAUGCUGAAAUUUUUUUAACACCUUAUACAUUGACAAAUCAAUGA